GAGGUUGCCGCGCUGGCGUUGCCUUGCGCUACGUUUACGUUUGUCUUCCCUUAACUUACCCUGACGUACUUUGAGCCUCUGCAGCCUGCGCUCACUUGACCUCCUCCACCAUCUCCAUCACCACGACCUCGUCUCCCCAUCGCCCAUCGCCAUCGAUCCCAACCGCCCUCGCCGACCUCACCAUCUCGUCUUUUUUCCCUCCCAAAUCUCCUUCUCGCCGCGACGACCGCCGCUCCCGCCACCAUGAACCCCGAAUACGACUAUCUCUUCAAGCUCCUCCUCAUCGGUGAUUCCGGUGUAGGAAAGUCUUGCUUGCUGCUGCGAUUUGCCGAUGACACCUACACUGAGUCCUACAUCUCCACCAUCGGUGUCGACUUCAAAAUCCGAACGAUAGAGCUCGAUGGAAAGACGGUCAAGCUGCAGAUUUGGGAUACUGCCGGUCAAGAACGAUUCCGAACCAUCACCUCCUCCUACUACCGUGGUGCCCACGGCAUCUGUGUCGUCUACGACGUCACCGACAUGGACUCCUUCAACAACGUUAAGCAAUGGCUCCAGGAGAUUGACCGAUACGCCACCGAGGGUGUCAACAAGCUGCUGGUCGGCAACAAGAGCGAUAUGGCGGACAAGAAGGUUGUCGAGUACUCAGUGGCCAAGGAAUUCGCCGACAGCCUGGGCAUCCCCUUCCUCGAGACUUCUGCCAAGAACGCCAGCAACGUCGAGCAGGCUUUCCUGACCAUGGCCCGCCAGAUCAAGGAGCGCAUGGGAACCACGACGGCCAACAACACGAAACCCAGCGUGCAAGUCGGCCAGGGCCAGGGCGUCGGUUCUUCUGCCAACAACAGCUGCUGCUAAGCGCUCCUGAGUGACCACUAUUUCGAGGCGAAGCAGGAUGACGGAGUACGGCCGGAACAGGGCAAUGCUAGGGACAUGAUCGGACGGGUUCAAUUACGACUUUUGCUUUUCCCCUUUGCUCUUGGCCCCCCCUUCUGCGCAUAGACCAAAUCAUGUUCACUUGGAUCUCGCUCUCCAUCCAACGCAAAUCACGGCACUUUCCCCCUUUGACAUUUGGAAGACGACAUUUUUUAUUUCGGGUCGGCCGCGCGGAAAUCCUCGACUAGAUCGGAGGGCCAUGACGGGACGGGGGCAGGAAUUCGGGGGGU